CGCUGUCUGCUUUGGCAUGAUAAGUGUUUGUGGGGCUGGGAGUCCUGGCAUUGCCGCCCUAGAAGCCAGACUCUCCGGCCACGAGCGACGUGAACGCGCAGUAGGUCCGCUACUGAGCCCCGGACAGACGCAGAUAGACGCGGUGCUGAGAAGCGCAACUUCGAGAUAAAUCACCGAAAAAUAUAAAAAGCACAAUGAGAUCGCUGUUGGCGCUACUCUUAAUGGGAAUUUCGAGCAUAUCUGUCACUGUGGAGUCAGAUACGACAUCUACACAGACGGGUUCUCCUACCCCAAGUCAUGCAGAUUCUCCAACAUCAGGGCCUGCAUCUACUAUACCAACGAGCAUAAUCAGCACGACAAUAGGCCAGAUAACAAACCUCACCCAGAGCCUGUCAACAACAGCAGUUGUGCAGCAAAUAAGUAUCCAGAUGACAGCAGCAUCUAAGACAGCACCAAUUACCAGCACAACAGAGGCAUCUACCAAGCCUAUGGCGUCAGAGCAACCAGCAACCAGCAACCAGUCAUCACUUCCAACAAUGUCAACUACCGAGUCUAAGUCAUCACUUCCAACAAUGUCAACUAUCGAGUCUAAGUCAUCACUUCCAACAAUGUCAACUACCGAGUCUAAGUCAUCACUUCCAACAUCAGCUACCAAGUCUAUGACACCAGUUGCAUCAAUGACAGUUAACAUGACUCAGCUAACAAAUAAACUAACGACCACUACCGAGUCCAAGACAUCACUUCAACCAACGACCACUACCGAGUCCAAGACAUCACUUCAACCAAUGACCACCAUCGAGUCCAAGACAUCACUUCAACCAACGACCACUACCGAGUCCAAGACAUCACUUCAACCAAUGACCACCAUCGAGUCCAAGACAUCACUUCAACCAACGACCACUACCGAGUCCAAGACAUCACUUCAACCAAUGACCACCAUCGAGUCCAAGACA